AUGGGGCGCAUCAAACGUGCGGCGUCGCUCUUACUCGCCGUCGUGCUCGCGCUCCUGCUCCCAGCGUCGUUCUGCGCCGCCGAGCCGAUCAAGACCACGCCCACGCGCUGGAGCUUCCACCUGCCGCUGCCCGACGGCGUCACCGGCGCUGAGAGCCUCGCCUUCGACCGCCGCGGUCAGGGCCCCUACGCCGGCGUCUCGGACGGCCGCGUCCUCAAGUGGGCGCAGGUGCUGGCGACGCAAGCGGCAGACGGCGUGCCGUUCCACUUCGUCAACGGGCUCGACGUCGAUCAGGCCACCGGCGACAUUAUGAUGAACGCCGACGCGACGGGGCGGCUGCUCAAGUACGAUGCGCGGACGAAGCAAGUCACCGUGCUCAAGGCCGACCUGCCGUACCCCAACGGCGUGGCGGUCAGCACCGACAGGACGCAUGUAGUGGUGGCACACACCGUACCGUGCCAGGCGUUCAGGUACUGGCUCAAGGGGCCCAAGGCCGGCCAGUAUGAGCUCCUCGCGGACCUGCCUGGUUACCCGGAUAACGUGAGGCGCAACACCAGGGGCGGCUACUGGGUAGCGCUGAACCAGGAGAAGGCGCGGCUCGACACGACGGCGCCUCCAAUGAAGCAUCUUGUUGGCGUCCGGCUCGGUGUAGACGGGACUACGGUGGAGGAGCUGACGGCGGCCAAGGGUGUGACCCUGAGUGACGUCUCUGAGAAGGACGGGCAGCUGUGGCUGGGAUCCGUAGAAUUGGACUACGUAGGCCUAGCUUAG